AAGUUGGAAGAUAACUGAAAGAAGUGAAGGUCCGACAAAAGAAGAAUCCAGUUUUAAGUCAACAAGCAGAAGACCGAAGGAACUUACCCAGAUCUUUCCCUUCAAAUUUCUAAAAAAAAAAAAUAUAGGGAUUAAAACCCCCUCCAACAAAAAAAAAAAGGGCAACAGUGGUGGUGGUCGACAUCUUUGUUCCUGAAAGCAAAUUUUGCCUAAGAAACAACACGGUGCUCAUGCUCUUCAAAAUUCAGAGUUGGCUACAUCAGCCAAAGGUAUGGAGAUUUGUGUGUUUUUGUUCCUCUAUUGUUGGACUUGUCUGCUAUGCCUUCAGUUCCUUUUUCAAUCAUUUAAUUGGAAAUUGGAGCUGGUGGAAGAUCUUUCUUUACAUUGUUUUCAGUUUCUUAAUCUCCCUUUCCACCUUGUUUGCAAAGACAUGGCAGUACUCCAACUCUCGCUGUUUGGAAGCUCACACAGCGUUUUCUAUUUUGCUGAUCACUUCUAUAUACUCUUUUUUCCUUGAUAAAGAUGUGAAACAGAGACCAGAUGUAUAUAGUCUGGUUUCCUAUGUUGCAUUUGCUAUCAUGUCUUUGGGCUUGUCAAGGCUGAGUCAGUUAGGAUUUGAGGUUGAUCUCCUCUAUUUUUUCUGUGCACUUCUGACUGUACAACUCAUGAAAGUAAAAUUAUGGUUAGUCACUGUUGGAGGAGCUUUCAGUUAUUCCCUCAUCCUUCUUCGUUCCAAUUUGGAUCCUCAACCAAGGAACGGGUAUCAUGGACUUCGACACCAAGAUCAUGUAGUGGUUGAAAUUGGUUCGCAUUCACAGCCACAAGGAGUCAGUCAUAGUGUUACUCCAGUGAAUUCACCCCAAUCAACUAUCGCUAGUUCACAACCACACCCAGUCAUUGAUAUGGUUUGGCCUUCAACAGGGACAACACAUACGGCUUCUCGAGUAGUUUCAACUCCAGAGGGUGGCGCUGGUGGUGUCCCUCAAGAAAACAUUGAUGAUACGAAGGAAUGCUUCAUGAGUUGCAUAGAGGCUCUUAAGAAGGAGAGUGAGAGCGUUAUCAGCACAAUUUUCAUGCAUGUAGACAAAUACCUUAAAGCUAAUAUUCUCAGUAGGGACAAAAUUUCAGAGUCGCUGCCGGUGACCGACUUCGACAUUGUCAUCGACGCGCUGCCGCCGGGGACGGUCAACGAACUCCGCGAGACCGCGAAGCGAAUGGUGGCCGGUGGGUUGGGUAAGGAGUGCUCGAACGUGUACAGCAGUUGCCGUAGGGAGUUCCUGGAGGAGAGCGUGUCGAGGUUAGGGUUAAUGAAGCUUAGCAUAGAGGACGUUGAAAAGAUGACGUGGGAGGACCUUAAAGAUGAAAUAGAGAAAUGGAUUAAAGCCUCGAACGUCGCUCUCAAGAUCCUCUUCCCCAGCGAGCGGCGUCUCUGUGACCGCGUUUUCUUCGGAUUCGCCUCCGUCGUGGAUUUUACCUUUAUGGAGGUUUGCCGCGGAUCCGCAAUUCAGUUGCUAGAUUUCGCCAACGCAGUCGCGGUCGGGAGCCGGUCGCCGGAAUGGCUGUUCAGUAUCCUCGACGUGUUCGAGACGCUGCGUGACCUAAUUCCCGAAUUUGAGGCUCUGUUUUCUGAUCAGUUGAGCAUCUCGCUCAGGCACGAGGUGAUUACUAUUUGGAAGAGGCUGGGGGAAUCGAUUAGGGGCAUUUUUAUGGGACUGGAGAAUUUAGUUCGCCGGGAUCCCGCAAAGACUGCGGUUCCUGGUGGCGGUCUUCACCCGAUUACUCGCUUCGUGAUGAACUACCUCCGUGCGGCGUGCCGGUCACGGCAGAGCUUGGAGCAGGCUUUUGAAGAAUACGGGUUGAAAGAGUACCCAAAGCUUGAUGAUAGAGCUCACUCAUCUUGUUCUUUAUCAGAGGAAAUGAAUUGGAUUAUGGAGCUAUUAGAGAGCAAUUUGGAAGCGAAGUCGAAGAUUUACAAGGACCCUGCUUUGUGCUAUGUUUUCUUGAUGAAUAAUGGGAGGUAUAUUGUUCAAAAGGCCAAAGAUAGUGAACUAGGAACCCUCUUGGGAGAUGACUGGAUCAGAAAACACGCUGCAAAAGUUCAACAAUUCCAUGUGCACUAUCAAAGAAGCUCGUGGGGGAGGGUAUUGGGAAUUCUGAACCUGGAUAGUACUGUCUCACUGCCCCCUAAUGCCUUAGCAAGGUCACUGAAGGAGAAGCUUAAGUCGUUUAACACGAUGUUUGAUUAUAUUUGCAAGGAACAGUCUUCCUGGUUUGUUUUUGAUGAACAGCUCAGGGAAGAAAUAAGAAUUUCUCGAGAGAAAAUCUUGUUGCCUGCGUAUGUAAACUUCAUAGUUAGGUUCCAGAAUGUUCCAGAGAUCGGUAAGGACGCUGAUAAGUAUAUCAAGUAUGUGACAGAGGACAUUCAUGCCAAACUCAACGAAUUAUGUCACGAAUCAAUUGUUAUUGAUAUGGUUCGGCCUUCAAGAGGAACAUCACGUAAUUCUUCAAAAGUAGUUUUACCUCAAGAGGGUGGUGCUGGUGGUGCCCCCGAGAAAGCAUUGAUGGUACUAAGGCAUGCUUCAUGGGUUGUAUAGAGGCUCUUAAGAAAGAGAAUGGGAGCGUUAUCAGCGCAAUUUCCUUGCAUGUAGACAAAUACCUUAAAGCUAAUAUUCUCAGCGAGGACCAGAUUUCAGUGCCAGAAUUGCACGCCGACGACAACAUGGUGGUGGAUUCAUUGUCGCCACGAAUGAUCAGCAACCUUCGAGAAAGUGUAGCGAAAUUGGUAUCAGAUGGAUUUUUUGAAGAGGAAUGCUUAGACGUGUACAGUAGUUGGCGGAGGGAGUUUCUGAAAGAGAGUUUAUUGA